AUGGUCGAAGAUAGCGAUCAUGGUACAGCUGAUUCAAAAAAGAGUAAUGACGUUGAAUGCCCUACAUGUAGAGGUCUAGGAAAAGUUCCUUCAAAUGAUCCAAUACUAAAUCAAAAUGGACAAAAUGAAAACUAUACAUUUGUAGAAUCUAAGGCAUUUGUACAUGUUGGAGACCAAACAAAUACAAACGUGACAUCUGAUUUCAACAAUUUGAAAUUAUUAACGGAAAUGGAUACAAUUAUUGGAUGUGUAACAGAUUUAUUGCCAGAAAAAGCACCACUUGAUAAUCCAAAAGAAGUUAUCAAAUCAGUACAAAUUCGUUUGAAAAACACUAAUUCAGAAGAACACAUUAGAGCAAUUUCUGAUGCGGUACAAGUAGCACGAAAUCACCAGAAAUUAUUAAAACCUCAUAUAAACCUGAUUAAUCAAAAAAUUGUUCAAUUUCUCAACAGUCAACGAAUUUUUUAUGUCCGAUUAGCUUGUCAGUCAGCUGGCGAGCUCUUUAGAACAAUGCGAUGUACAGAUCGACCAUUAUUUGAUAGCAUUGUUACGGGACUUAUGAACCGUACGGCAGAUAAAAAUCAAAAUAUCCGCAUUGAUGCAAAUUGGGCUCUUGAUAAAAUGGUGAUCAGCAUUCCACCACUGUAUUCCAUAAAAUCAAUUGCCAACUGUAGUCAACACAAAAAUCCGGCUGUUAAAAUAGCACAGUUGCGAUUGAUGCAUUGUGUUACUGUUAUUGCAGACCCAAUGAAAAUAUUAACUGGAAUAACUGGACUAAAAAAAGCUAGACAAUUAAUCCUCAAAAAUUGUGUAGCUACAAUAGAAGAUGCUAAUGCAGAAAUUAGGUUUCUGUCAAAAAAACUUAUGCAACUUUUAAAGAGUACUUGUUAUGAAAGUUUCUGCUCGUCAUUGGUUCAGGAUAUUAGUUGGGACGAACUAAAAAUUGCUGGAAAGGUAUUUAUUUAAAAAUGUAUCAAAAAUAUAUUAAUCACUAUUGAGCAUU